AUGAAUACUUUAGUAGAACUUCUACUGGUAGAGUUUAUACUGGCAGAACUUCUACUGGUAGAGUUUAUACUGGCAGAACUUCUACUGGCAGAACUUCUACUGGUAGAGUUUAUACUGGCAGAACUUCUACUGUUUCCCUCAAAAUUGAAUACUUUAGCAGAACUUCUACUGGUAGAGUUUAUACUGGCAGAACUUCUACUGGUAGAGUUUAUACUGGCAGAACUUCUACUGGCAGAACUUCUACUGGUAGAGUUUAUACUAGCAGAACUUCUACUAGUAAAGUUUCUACUGGUAGAACUUCUACUGGCAGAAUUUCUACUGGUUAUAUAUGGUGUCAAUUUUUUAAAAAAUUUUGAAUUCAAUGAGUUAUAUCAAAAAUAA